AUGGUAGGGCACAUAGCCAGUGCUUUGGCAGUCCUUGGACUGUGCUUGUCAUUGACUCAUGCCGCUCAUAUAUUGGCAGUGUUCUCAUAUAGUUUCCCAGCGCCUUUUCUGCUGGUGGCACCGUACAUGAAGGCCCUUGUUCAGAAUGGUCAUCAGCUUACCAUAGUCUCCUCAUAUAAUCACUUGGAAGAUAUUGAGGGUGUGCGGCACAUUCGAAUUAAACUAAUGGAUCAGCUUUUAAAUGAUUUGCUUGACUUUGACUUUGAAGGGACUUAUCCCUUAUCGAAGUGGGGAAAAUCAUCAAUCAUAUCGACGUUUUUCCGUAAUUCUUCGUAUUAUAUUUUAAGCGAUCCCAAAGUUCAGGGAUUGUUACGUGAUCCUAAUGAACAUUUCGAUAUGAUCAUUGUACAGGCCUCUCAUACAGAUGCUCUUUACGGUUUCGCGCAACAUUUUAAAGCACCUUUGGUGGGACUUUCGGCCUAUGGCACAGCCUGGAACAUCGACUAUUUGGCCGGCAACAAAGCUCCCAGUGUGUACGAGCCAAUGCAGCCCGAGGGAUAUUCAAAUGGCAUUAGCAUGUUCGAUAGAUUCACAAAUUGGGUAUAUAUCACAGAGGAGUGGCUUAUAGAUAGCAUGGUUUUUCUGCCCAAGCAAGUUCACCUGUACAAGCACUUCUUUAAUCGACCUGCGGAGAGUCUCUAUGAAAUCCGGCACAAUUUCUCACUGAUGUUGAUCAAUCAUCAUUUUAGCUUAGGACGUGCAAGAUCCAAUGUACCCAACGUAAUUGAAAUUGCCGGUAUGCAUAUGAACGGAUUCAUUGAAGAUCUCGAGCCGGAGCUCCAACGUUUCAUGGAUGAGGCAGUUGAUGGUGUCAUUUACUUUUCCAUGGGCUUGGAAAUCGUAAACAAAUGGCUUCCCCCGCACAUGCUGAAAAUAUUAGAAGAAGCUUUCGAACAAUUACCGUGGCACAUCAUUUGGAAAUCAGAGCUAGAAAACCCUAUCCAUAAAUCGGAUAAAAUUUAUAUGAAGCAGAUGUUACCUCAGCGCAAGCUGCUUUCGCAUCCGAAUUUAAAGCUGUUCAUUACACAUGGAGGAAUUCUAAGCAUUAUUGAGGCGGCGUUUAGUGGUGUACCAAUGAUUUGUGUGCCGAUGUAUUACGAUCAAUUUGGCAAUGCGGAACGCAUGAGACAAGCUGGCGUUGCCCAGGUUUUAGACAUAGGCACAAUGACUGUGGAGAGUACACUACAGGCAAUCAAAGAGGUGAUUGAGAAUCCCACAUAUGCCCAGAAGGCCAAACAGAUGGCCACGCGUCUUCGAGAUCAGCCGAUGACUCCUCUAGAAACUGCAGUUUGGUGGACAGAAUAUGUGAUACGACAUAAGGGAGCCCCACAUAUGCGUCUCUCCGAUCAGGAUAUAUCCUUUAUGCAAUAUUACAGUUUGGAUAUUAUUUCUAUGCUCUUUGGUCGCAUUGGAUUGUCCAUAAUUCUACUUAGCUGCUUCAGUGUCAAAUUAUUUAAGUUAUUGAAAAAGCCCUUUCAAAUGCGACUGUAUCACAUUCCCUAAAGCAACUGCAAGUUUGCUUAUCAAGCAUGUUGUAAAAUGACUAAGUAAACCGAAUCGAAAGAGCAUGAUUAAAAAGCCACAAAGAGACAAAGAGAAAAAAAUUAGAGAGUCAAUAUUUACUCUUUACUGAUAAGGGUUCAAUGAAUUAAUAGUUAUCAAACAAAAAAUAAAACAUAGGUUUGUAGUGAUUAAACAGUGAAGUCAAAAAUUAUUUUCUUUUUUAAAACAAAAAAUUAAACUAGCAAUGAAAAACAUAUUAAAAUAUUAAUGAUUUAAUACUAUAAAUAAUUUGAGAAUGGUGUAUGUAAUUUUAUC